AUGACCUCCUCCUCACCUUCUAAAAUUCUCUUAGCACGACUGACAGCCCAAAUAUUCAACCAUUCCUAUAAUCCAUCUGGCGUACGGACGGGCAACAAAAUCCUUCGCCAAAGGCUUAUAGGUCCCACGAUCACUAACUGGUAUCCCAAACACCUAAUAAAGCUGAGUGAAAUUACCGAGUUGUUUCCCGGGUUUAAAUUGGUCGACCUAGAAGAAAAGCAACGUUUAGAAGACAUUGCGAGGCUAAGAAAGCGUGGAAAGGGUGCACCGAAAAAAGCCAAAGAGGCCAACGAUCUUAAUGCGAGGACACCAUUUUUAGGCAAAUU